UUUUAGGUAUUCACAAACAUCAUAUUCGGCAACUGGGCGGCAGAUGAUCCCGAGAGCGGAAUAGUCUCGUAUGAGAUUGGCUGGGGCUCGUCCCCAGGCCUUGACAACCUCUGGGAAUUCCAAGAAAUCGGCAACGCCAAAGCGUACUACGCGAAGUUCAAACACGGAGUUUUGGUGAAAGGUCGUAAAUAUUACGUCACCGUUAAGGCCAUCAAUGGCGCGGGGCUUGAAUCGGAACCAAUGACAUCGAAUGGCAUUGUCGUUGGAAAAACGGAGUUUGUCUUCGCGAAAAACGACUCGGGAUCGUUCUUCUUUGAUACAGUGAAUGUGAACUCGAAUGAAACGAAAGAAAAGGAUUCUGGUAUUGGGAGUACGUUCGGGACUUUGGAUGUUCCUGCUGGAGCUGUUGAAGAUGAGGUGAAGUUUCAGGUUUAUAGCCUUGGUGAGAAAGAGAUAAAAAAUGGCACUGAUGAUAAUACGACAGUCGUCGAUCCUGAGGUUGUUAAACCACCCAAGGUAGGGGGAUGUAAUUUCGACUCUGCUCGGGAUAGCAUUCUUGCAAUACAGUAAACCCCGCAUAUAAGAACCUAGAAUUUAAGAACCUGAUCGGCUAAAAACCUCUUAAAAUAAGAACCUGCAUGUUUAGGCUGUUUAGAAUUUCAAAGUAGGUUCUUAUUUUAUCAAAUUGAGUCAAAACUAAAAAUUUAUAAAUCAAAGAAAAUAAGUUCUUCACAAAGUAAUGAAAAUGAUCCAGAACCUUGGAAAUGUCAUUCAGAUAAAUAACAUGUCCAUAUGAACACAACAACAAAUAACUGUAUAUCUUUAGUGAAAAUACUACAUGACAAUCUCAUUACUAUAGUGACUUUAAGCAAUAUUUUCCAGCAUCAUGGACUGUUAGAUCAUUUGUGCAUAAUUUAUAUAAAUUAUAUAUACCACACCUACCGAAAAUGAGUCGCUUUCUUCUUAAGAAAUUUUUCUUAAGAAGAUAAGAACCUAUUUAAGAACCUGUGUAGCCCAAUUUCGUGGUAAGCACAUAGAAAUAAUAGAUAUCUAUUAUUUCUAUGGGUAAGCACCAUGUACAUAAGAACCUCAUUAGGCUAACUUGGAAAAGUCUAGCUUCUUAUAUGCGAGGUUUUACUGUAUACAGUUGGCAAGUCCUAUAUUUCUCAUUUUAUUACUUUUCUUUAACAUGCAUGUACGUCAUUUGACAUUUACGUUUGUUGUUUUCUCAGCAUUUCAAACUGGGCAACUAUAGUUUUCAAAUCAAAGCUUACGAACCAGAAAACAACACGUUGCAAGACAAAUAUCAUUUCAAGAAGCCAAUAACUAUCUCGUUGUUUUAUGAUGUGGAUCAAAUGUUGAAAGGAAACAAGAAAACGGUCAGUGGUGAAGUCACAAACGAAGAUAUUGAUCCUGUGCUUUUACUCUGGGAUACUAAGAAUCAAACUUGGUAAGUGAAUGUUACUAAUGUUAAUGUAGGGUUGCACGUUUUCUAUGGGGUGGUGCAUGAGGGAGCCUUACUGCCAAUUCUCCUCUGCAGUCUGCAACGCUACUAUCCCAACAUUACCAUUAUUUAAGAUGGCCGAAUCUGCAUGUUCGCCGUUCUGUUAUACAUUUUACACUAUCAUUUGUUUAUAAAGUUUAUAUCGGCUUUUUAUCACGUAUGCGUGACUGGACAGUUGCUGUAGCACAGUACAGUAAAUUUUCUAAUGAAAGCACGGUAUAUUUGAAAAUAUGGCUGUGUAACAACCUCGACUUAUUUACAUAUAUGUAACCAUGAUAUUUAACUAAAGCAUUUUGAGUAUUUUCUCGUGAGCUCACAAAUAUAUCAAAACGUUUCAAGAAAUCGACACGCGCUAACAAUAGAAGUUCCGUUAAUAGCCAUUCGAAAAUGUAUGGUCAAGCAGAUUUUUGUAGGGUGGUGCUGGACUAGGGGUUGUUGUAAGUUGUUACAGGUCUGCAAACAAGUUGUUAUAAAUCUGUUCACAAGCUGUCGACAAGGUGGAUUCUUUAUAGCCUCAAACCCUUGAUAUAAAGUAUUCCGAAAUUCAAGUUUCGUUGACAAUUUCACAGGUUUGACGCGGCCAAAACUUGCCCAGAGCCAUGGACGUUUGUUGAUCACGCUGCAAAACUUCUCAAAGUGAAAGUAUGUCACUUGACACAGUUUGCAUUGUUCUGGACGUUUAAGGCAGAAAAUGGAAUCAUAGAAUUCAACAAAGAAACUAAUGGUAUGUUAAUGUAAAUUGUAGAGUUGAUGUAAAUUUUCUGGUAGUUCAGAUACAAAACAAAACAGAUCAUUGUAUAAUUCUACCUACACUGUACCACCACAUUUGAGAUAUAUUUUCAGGUAGUUCAGACACAAACCACGACAGCCUCUUGUAGAAUUAUAAUACUACCUGCACUGGACCACCACAUUUGAGAUAUCUUUUUCAGAUAGUUCAGAUACGAACCACGACAGCUCGUUUUAGAAUACUACCUACACUUUAUAAUAUAGUCCUAGAGAAUAUGUUGACAAGCUUAAUCGGUCGAAUUGUUUCAGGUUCGUCGACCCGGGGACCUCCACACGCCAUAUUUGAAGAAGACAACAGCAUCAUUUACCAUCCAGAACGAUAUGGCAACGAAAUGAUUUUUGACGUAGUUAGACGCAAGGGCUCUACUGGAACCAUUAAUGUCACGUGGAUAGCCAGCGGCCAAUCAAACAUGAAGAUCCCAUUUACCGUUUCCCCAACGAGUGGUGAGCUGAUGUUUAUCGAGGGCCAAUGGAAUUCAUCUAUUCGUUUGAAAUUCGGCACCAUGCCUUCUGAAAUGAGCGAGACUAUUUUGAAUGUGAAGUUUUUGAACUUGUCUGGUGGCGCCAUGUUGGGUAAUGUAACCUGUUUGAAAGUCGUCUUUCCAGCUAAAGUUAAGAAGACGGAAGAUAGUAAAGUUAUUUUGAAGAUUAUUAUACCUGUAUGUGUAUUUGGUGCACUGGUGAUCGUGGGCAUAAUUGCGGCGUGUAUUUUUGUCCGCAAACGUCGAAGGUAAGAUUGUGGUAAUGUUCAUGGUGCUGGUGGUACUAUUGGUGGUGAUGGUUGUGAUGAUGCUGGCGAUGAUGGUGAUAAUGAUGGUGAUGGUGAUUUUGCUGGUGAUGAUGGUGGUGGUGGUAGCCUUAUUACGAUUUUUGCUGUUUUGCCAUUGCUGUUUGCCAAUUUUGGCACAAAUGUUUGCCAGCGUUUUGCCUCAUGUUUGCCAUUGCGGUCAUUUGGCUUUCAUGGCUAGAUCGCUGACUACCAUUGGCCACCAGCGACACCUACCUCCAAACUCAGAUACUCUCCCAUUAAAGUAUGUAUUCUUGAUUAUAAUUCAAUAAAUAUAUAAUAUGAAAAUGAAGAUAUUUUACCUUAACCAUUGUCUCUUUCCUUACAGUUCAAAACAUGAGCAGCCACCUUUCGGGCGUUUAGACAACCUAACCUACGGUCAAGUGUAAGUACCGUACUUUUUAUAACCCAGUUGUACUCAGCAUAUAACACAUGUGUUGUAGCAGGCACGUGCACACGUAAAAAUCUUACAACUUGUCAAUAAAGUGUGUUCGGAACAAGCUUGUAGCGAGCUUGUCAACAAGUUGUAACCAUGUUGUUAGUUUGUCAAGUUGCUAUACAAGGUUGUCACUCACAACUUUUUACAAGUUCUUGAAUUGCAGGACGAUAACAAUUGUUGGCAGAAUUGUAAAGUAUGGAACAACUUCUUAACAACCUGUAUAUUAACAACCUUGUUGAUAUUAUCAGGCUUGUUGCAAGGUUGUUCCAACAAAGUCGGAUACAGUCAUGAUAUAACAAUAGGGACCUUAAGCAAACUGGACGACAACGCGACGAUGACGGCUAUUCACACAAUGAUAUUCCUGAUUCUUAUUUGAAGAAGUUUGUUUUGGCUGUCGUCGUUGCGUUGCCGUCAUACGUCAUAGACCUUAAGGUCCCUAAUAUUGUUACAACCUUGUGUCGUUAACCUUGUAACAUUCUUGUUAUAUCAUGACUGUAUCAGACUUGUUAGAACAACCUUGUAACAUUUUUGUUAUAUCAUGACUGUAUCAGACUUGUUAGAACAACCUUGUAACAUUCUUGUUAUAUCAUGACUGUAUCAGACUUGUUAGAACAACCUUGUAACAUUCUUGUUAUAUCAUGACUGUAUCAGACUUGUUAGAACAACCUUGUAACAAGUCUGAUAAUGGAUGGCAUCAAGCUUGUUACAAGUUGUUAACAGUUUGUUCCAAACUUGCAACAACAACUGGGAACAAGCAGUGCGAACACAACUUGUCGACAACUUGUGAACAGAUUUGUAACAACCUGUUUGCAGACCUGUAACAACUUGUGCGUUUUUACGUGUACUGGAUAAUUGCGCUGCAAACCUAAUUGUUAUUUCCUGUUUUCGUUAUAGUGUUAGUCGGAUAGAUGGCGUUCAGCAAUUACCGGAAGAGACCGCUGAAACAUCGUUUACUCAAGGACAAAUUAACCCAGGACAAGAUCCACCACACUGAUCAAUUAUGCAACAAAUGUACAAAAAUGUCCGCACAUAGAAGAAUAGCAUCAACAACGCCAUUGCUAAAGUCCUAUUAAAAUUUUAGAUUAUUCCAAUUGUAAGCUAUAUAUUGACAAUCCUUUGAAAGUGGUUUCGUAAUAUUUAACAUAUGUAUGGGUAAUUUGGUGUAAUGGUAUAUAUAUAAUUCAUAUAAAUUAUUGAUAGAAAUUAGAAUAUACCAAGGUUAUAUACAAACUAAUUAAGAUUAGCCACGUGUAGAUAUACUGAGACAGCAAACAAAUAUAUAUGAUACAUGCAAUAGUGCUAAUUAAAUACGAAUGAGUAAGGAGCCUUGUUUGUCACUGAGAAAAAGAUAAUGAGAUGAAGUAAAAAUUGGAAAAUUACAAGUCCGGAAAGUGCAUUUCUAGCUGUUUCCGAAAGUGAUUCUGUUUAAAGUAUCAACCAAUAACCAUGUGUAUAUUGUUUGAUUAUUAUAGGCAGAUAUAUUUCUGUGAAACACAUGUCUAACUGAAAAGUUAGUGAAGAUUUUGGCGAAUAUUUUGCAAAGAUUUUGCGAAGAUUUUGCAAAGAAUUAGCGAAGAUUUUGCAAAAGAACAAUUACACAAAUAUGCAACGUUCAAGUCAAACACUUUCGAAACUAAUAUGUUUCACCUCUUAGAACUGAUAUUUUGGAUAAGCCAAUGCAUGGCAGUGUCGAAAAUAUUGAUUCUCCAAGAUUGCGGUUUACUGUAAUACAGUAAAACCCCGCAUAUAAGAACGUAGAUUUUCCAAGUUAGCCUAAACAGGUUCUUACGUAAAUGGUGCUUACAAGGAAAUUAGGCUAGACAGGUUCUUAAAUGUAGGUUCUUACUUUCUUAAGAGAAAAGCGACUCAUUUAGGGGAGGUAUGGUAUAUGAUUUAUGUAAAUUAUGCACAAAUGAUCAAAAACUGAAUGACAGUAUAUGCACUAUACCAACUCUAUAUA